AUGGGUGUCAUUCGAGACAUUCUUAGCACCGCGCUGGGAUCUGACCAAGUCAAAAAUGGCUUCAACUCGCGUUUUUCCCCAUCGUCCGAUCAAUACUCGACGAACCAAUGCCAGUCGUCUUCUCUUCGUCAGAAUCUCCCCAAUCAAGUUGAUUAUAACAUGGGACGAGAUAUGAGAAUGCAGACCCAGAGUCCAAACUAUGCUUCGUCCCGGAACCCUAUUUAUGACCGCCAGUACUACAGCAGACAAGAUAACGAGGAGGACCACAAUUAUGAUCAUAUCUUCGGUGCAGUACCACCGUACUCAGAGUCCACCAAAUAUCAAUCAUCUACGGAGGAUCAAGGUGCUUCUGGCGUGAGGCGGAAGUAUAAUAGUAAUGGGGGUAGCACUUGCCACGGCCAAGUUCAUUCGCGCCGUACGAAAUCUCGACCACUGGCUUUGCCUCAGAUCGACUACGGAGAUGGACAACCUUUCCUUCGUGGAUAUAGUCAGGAGCUAGGACAAUCUGGGAUCUCUUUUGAAGAUUUUAUGCAAGCUUUGGACGCGAUCAACGUCGCUAUCAUCCCGAAUCCAGAGGCAGCAAUAUUUCAGAAGGGAGCUAACAUUGCAGGGUGGUUUUUGCCUGGGGCUGCCUCGAUUGGUCUCACGAUAGGCCAGAUUGGUGUUGGACUCGGCACAGCAAUGGGCCAUUCAUCUACGGUUGCUAAAGCUCUAUCAAAGGCUAAUAUGGAAAUUUUUGUACCAAAUGGUCUUGAAAUAUGUAUCGCUAGAACAAAAGACGUCGACGCUGAGGUCGGCAUCGCACCCUCUGAAUCAAGGGGAAUAGUAAGUUUGUCACCAGACGAGAGAGUGGCGUGGUACGGUGACCUCCUCGCUCCUCUCACCAUUGUACUACCACCGCUGCAAGAUAGCGGCCGUCAAGAUGCUAUCGCAGCAUUGGGCCAGAGAUUUGGUGACAAGAGUACGGAAAAGAAGGUACGCAAAGCCCAGAAAAAACUGGAGAAGGGAGAUACCAAGCAAUUCGCAUCUCUAGAAGGAGAUCUGAAAUGGACCAACCUCUCCUUCUGCGAUGGCUCACUGGCAGAGAGUAUUGCAAGAGAGUGA